UGAGUCAAUACAUACAAAACUAUUACAAAAUCCAUAUACCAAGCGCUCAAAGUUUUUUAACCUACUCCUUGUUGUGCAUCAUAUUCACCACUUGGCUGGCGCUCAGGCCUACCAACAAAGGCCUGUUACAUGUAAUCCGUGUCAGGGGAUGGAAAUACAUGCUAUUAUCCGGUGUGGACGUCGCCGCCAACUAUCUACUGGUGAAGGCUUUCCAGUACACGGCCCUCACCAGCAUUCAACUCCUAGACUGCAUCCAAUUGCCGACAGUAUUAGCCCUGUCCUGGCUGUUCAUCAAAGUGAGGUUCGGCUUACUCCACAUACUGGGCUCCUGUAUCGCCCUAAUGGGUGUCGGGUGUCUGGUGUGGGCCGACAUCGAGGACAUUAGCGCCGAUAUCACACCGAAAAACCGAUUUCUCGGAGAUAUGCUGUGUUUGUUAGGCGCAGCCCUGUAUGCUGUGUCCAACGUGUCGGAGGAGUAUGCCGUCAAAUGCUAUAGUAUUGUCGAGUUUCUCGAUAAUGUGAUUAUAAAGUGUGUGCCGUUUAUGCCUUUCAUAUCGUGA